GGCAGAAGAGCUAGUUUUCUUGGUUAAGAACUGAAGGUCAUCAUGUCUGGAAUCAAGCGAACAAUCAAAGAAACCGACCCUGAUUAUGAGGAUGUCUCUGUGACCCUUCCGAAUAAGCAGCAUAAGGCGAUCGAGAACUCAGCUCGGGAUGCCGCGGUGCAGAAGAUCGAGACGAUCAUCAGGGAGCAGUUUGCCCUGGAGAUGAAGAAUAAGGAGCACGAGAUAGAAGUCAUUGACCAGCGACUAAUCGAAGCAAGAAGGAUGAUGGAUAAACUUCGUGCCUGCAUCGUCGCAAACUACUAUGCCUCUGCGGGGCUUUUAAAAGUUUCUGAGGGAUCAAAGACAUGUGAUCCGAUGGUUUUUAAUCAUCCUGCUAUCAAGAAAUUUUUGGAAUCGCCAUCCAGAUCAUCAUCUCCAGCCAAUCAGAGAUCGGAAACGCCAUCGGCCAAUCAUUCAGAAAGUGAUUCUUUAUCGCAGCACAAUGACUUCUUACCUGACAAGGAUAACAACAGCAACAUGGGUAUAGAGGAGAGGCUGUCACAUAACCUGGAGCAGAGGCCGAGCCGGAACCCUGGCAGGGACACAUCUAGUGUUUCUGGCUCCCAUAAAACAGAACAGCAGAAUGCUGAUCUCACGGGCGAUGAGACUUCACGACUUUUUGUCAAGAAAACGAUAGUAGUGGGCAAUGUGUCCAAAUACAUACCUCCGGAUAAGAGAGAAGAAAAUGACCAGUCAACUCAUAAGUGGAUGGUGUAUGUCCGAGGGUCUCGUAGAGAGCCCAGCAUUAAUCAUUUCGUCAAGAAAGUCUGGUUCUUCCUUCAUCCCAGCUAUAAGCCAAAUGAUCUCGUGGAAGUUAGAGAGCCUCCUUUCCACCUGACCAGAAGAGGCUGGGGUGAGUUUCCCGUCAGAGUUCAAGUUCACUUUAAGGACAGCCAGAACAAGCGGAUAGACAUCAUACAUAACCUGAAGCUGGACAGGACGUACACUGGCCUGCAGACUCUGGGAGCAGAAACGGUAGUGGAUGUUGAGCUGCAUCGGCAUUCUCUUGGAGAAGACUGCGUCUGCCCUCAGUCCUCGGAGUCAGACAUCUCUGACGCCCCUCCGUCCUUGCCUUUGACCAUCCCAGCCCCCGUGAAAGCGUCCUCACCGAUAAAGCAGUCCCACGAGCCUGUGCCUGACGUCGCAGUGGAGAGAGCAGGAUUCCCAGCUAACACCGAAGCUGAGAGACACUCUACAUUUUAUUCCUUGCCGUCUUCGUUAGAAAGAACACCCACCAAAAUCGCAACAUCCCAGAAAGUGGCCUUCUGCUCUCACGGCAAUUCAGCUUUCCAGCCCAUCGCUUCAAGCUGCAAAGUUGCGCCACACGGUCAGGGCUCGCAGCCCGAGUCCCCGGGAAAGUCCUUCCAGCCCAUCACCAUGAGCUGCAAGAUCGUCUCAGGUUCCCCAAUAUCAACCCCAAGUCCAUCACCCUUGCCUCGAACCCCAACUUCUACUCCAGUCCACGUGAAGCAAGGCCCUGCCAGCUCUGUUGCGAGCAACCCUUACGUCAUCGUGGAGAAGCCUGGGCAGGCCAUCGCCCGCACCCCCGGUACAGGAAGUCCUACAAACAAGCUCUCCACGGCAUCUCAGGUCUCCCAGGGAACAGGCUCCCCCAUUCCUAAAAUUCAUGGAAGCAGCUUCGUGACCUCUGCUGUCAAGCAGGAGGAUUCGCUGUUUGCGUCUAUGCCACCGCUGUGCCCAAUUGGGAGUCACCCUAAAGUUCAAAGCCCCAAACCUAUCACCGGAGGACUCGGCGCUUUCACAAAAGUGAUCAUCAAACAAGAGCCUGGCGAAGCUGCUCACGUGCCCACGACAGGAGCUGCUAGCCAGUCACCGCUCCCCCAGUAUGUGACAGUGAAAGGGGGUCACAUGAUAGCUGUGUCCCCUCAGAAGCAAGUGAUCACGGCUGGAGAGGGGGCGGCCCCGUCUCCAAAGAUUCAGCCCUCUAAGGUCGUUGGGGUGCCCGUGGGGUCUGCGUUACCGUCAACGGUGAAACAGGCUGUGGCGAUCAGCGGGGGCCAAAUCCUGGUGGCCAAGGCCAGCUCUUCUGUCGCCAAAGCAGUCGGUCCUAAGCAAGUCGUGACCCAAGGAGUCGCCAAGGCGAUUGUGAGCGGAGGCGGAGGGACCAUUGUUGCUCAGCCGGUGCAGGCCUUGACCAAGGCACAGGUCGCUGCCGCUGGCCCGCAGAAGAGCGGCCCCCAGGGCUCAGUAAUGGCGACGUUGCAGCUGCCAGCCACAAAUCUGGCCAACUUGGCCAGCCUGCCUCCUGGCACGAAACUCUACCUUACGACGAACAGCAAGAACCCUUCAGGAAAAGGAAAACUGCUGCUGAUCCCCCAGGGAGCCAUCCUGAGAGCCACCAACAACGCCAACCUCCAGUCCGGCUCAGCUGGCGGCAGCGGCGGCACGGGAGGAGGCGGUGGCGGAGGAGGUGGUGGUGGAGGAGGUGGCGGCGGCGGAGGAGGAGCAGGAGGAACCCCGAGCGCCGCCGGCCCUGCGGGGAUAUCCCAGCACCUGACUUACACGUCUUACAUCCUCAAGCAGACGCCCCAGGGUACAUUUUUAGUUGGCCAGCCAUCACCUCAGACAUCUGGAAAACAGCUGACGACCGGGUCAGUGGUGCAAGGAACUCUGGGAGUCGGCGCGUCUUCGGCACAAGGACAGCAGACGUUGAAAGUCAUCUCCGGACAGAAAACCACUUUGUUUACACAGGCGGCCCCUGGGGGACAAGCAUCGCUGAUGAAAAUAUCCGACAGCACCUUGAAGUCUGUGCCAGCCGCCUCCCAGCUCUCGAAGCCUGGAACCACGAUGCUGAGAGUGGCAGGAGGGGUUAUCACGCCCGCCACGUCCCCAGCCGUGGCCCUCUCAGCGAAUGGCCCUGCACAGCAGCCUGAUGGAGCAGCUUCCGGUCCCUCGUCUGCCGGAGGCUCUGUGAUGAAGACCUCGGGCCAGCAGGCGUGUGUCAGCCAGGCCACCAUGGGGACCUGCAAGGCCGCCACGCCUACUGUCGUCAGCGCCACGUCUCUGGUGUCCAGCCCAAACCCCGUCUCCGGGAAGGCCACAGUGUCAGGACUGUUAAAGAUUCACUCCAGUAACUCCAGUCCCCAGCAGGCUGUCCUGACGAUCCCCAGCCAGCUCAAACCCCUCAGCGUGAGCACUUCCGGAGGCGUGCAGACGAUCCUGAUGCCUGUGAACAAAGUGGUUCAGUCAUUUUCCGCCAGCAAAUCGCCUGCCGUUCUGCCGGUCGCUGCCCCGACGCCGGUCGUCCCCAGCUCUACACCAGCAGCUGUGGCGAAAGUGAAGACUGAGCCAGAGACAGCGGGGCCGAGCUGCCCUGCCCAGGAGAUCCCGACCGCAGUGAAGACAGAAGAGAGUUCGGAGCUGGGGAACUACGUAAUUAAGAUAGACCAUCUGGAGACAAUCCAGCAACUCCUGACAGCAGUGGUGAAGAAGAUUCCGUUAAUCACUGCCAAAAGUGACGAUGCCAGCUGUUUCUCCGCCAAGUCUGUGGAGCAGUAUUACAGCUGGAACAUUGGGAAACGGAGAGCCGCGGAGCGCUGCCACGGCUACACCCCGCCCGACCCCGAGAGUCUGAGGAGCGACGGGGACUCCAUCGAGGAUGUGCUGACCCAGAUCGACAGUGAGCCAGAGUGCCCGUCGUCGCUCUCCUCUGCCGACAACCUCUGCCGGAAGCUGGAGGACCUGCAGCAGUUUCAGAAGAGAGAGCCGGAGAAUGAGGAGGAGGUGGACAUCCUCAACCUCUCAGAGCCACUGAAGACGAACAUCAAAAAAGAGCAGGAGGAGAAACAAGAAGAAGUGAAAUUCUACUUGCCUCCAACUCCAGGGUCUGAAUUUAUCGGCGACGUCACUCAGAAGAUUGGAAUCGCCCUGCAGCCUGUGGCGCUGGACAGGGGGGUGUGUGCGUCCGUGGUCGAGGACAUGAUCUUAAAGGCCACGGAGCAGCUGGUGAGUGACAUCCUGAGGCAGGCCUUGGCAGUCGGGUACCAGGCGGCAGCUCACAACAGGAUUCCCAAAGAAAUCACAGUGAGUAACAUCCACCAGGCCAUCUGCAGCAUCCCCUUCCUGGACUUCCUCACCAACAAACACAUGGGCAUGCCGAACGAGGACCAGUGACGAACGAGGGUGCCCGGGAAGCAGGACUUGCAGCCCGCCCAGAGCCUGCGACCGUCCUGUUCGGGAAGGAGGUUGCCUGUGCGCCUCAGACCUCCGCGGCCACCGCCCCGCCCUCUAAUUCAGUGUCACACCGGAACGUUCAGCCGCAGACGAGAUCCUCUUAAAAUAGAAGUUUGUUUCCUGACUCCAGAGUGAAGCUGGGAAUAGAUGCGUGCUUCGUCAGCUCGCGUUGCCUCCCCCAAAGGGGUCUCACGGUGGGCCAGGCCACGGUCGGAGCCUUCCCUCUAGGCCUGACUCCCCAGGAGGUAGGAGGUCAAGUCUGGCAGGCUGGAGAUUCCACCCAACCUGGGGGCCGCGGUUCCAGCCAGCCCUAGCAGGUACCUGAAGAGGGACUGUGCACCUGCGCUCAGCCGCUGGCUCCUGCUCCUGCCUGCCUUUGGCCUGGAGGUCUGCACUGUCAGCCGGAGAGCUAGCUGCCGAGAGACACGAUGCUGUGCAGCCUGCCGGAG